GCCUCAGUAUUAAAGUAUUCGUUAAGAACGUCUAACAUGGGACUAGCGGCUUGUAUAUGCACAAAAGUUCUCCAGCUUAUUGCUACUGUGGCUGCGUUGAUUGUUAAAAGAUUGUCAGACAAACAUUCGGAGAGGGUGUUUGUAAUUAACAAAAAACAAUCCAGGGAAUGGACACUCUUGAACAAUAUUUCUUGGUCAAAGGAAGGCGACGACUUUAGCACUCUUACAUUCUUGGGAUACACAUUUAUUUCAGCAGUUUUACUUCUCACAAGAAUUAUUGAGACAACCUCGAACUAUGGUACUUGCGAAAUAAUUCUGUUAACCUGUGGAGUUCUGUUUUUCACUAUAGAGGGACUACUGAUAUUUUUUUCGGUGGAACAAUUGUCCGAGGAUCUUCUGAUUUUUGCCUAUUCGUUGGGAACGCUUUCUUUCAUAUGCGCAGCUUUGUUUGCCCUGGACCUAAUGCUCUUUCAAAACCUGCUAAAACUCAAGAACUCUACAGCCCAAACAGAUCAAUUGAAAGAUACUUCAACAGUCGCCCUAAAAGUGUACAAUUUGUCCCAAGAACACAAGACAAACUGUUGCAGCAGUGGUGCCCAAACACAGAUCAUAAAUGAAAAUAAUAAGAAAUAUUUACGAACGGAUUUGUAG